AUGCAUUCCCUCUCGUUCCUCCUGGUCCUCUUCGCCUCCUCGACCGUCGCUCUCCCGGCGACGCCGGCAGCGCCAACUAGCCCACUCUCCACUCCCACAAACACGCCAGACCGACCCGGCUCGUCACAGCAUCUACAACCCGAGCCCUUCCUCCCGACCGCCAUCCCCGUCUCAACAGACGUACCAGAGACCGACCCGACCCCGACCCCAAUUUACACGACCCUCACUCCCAAAACCCCUUCAAACUCCUCGUCCCCCGCCAUAAACUCCACCGCCCCUUGCUUCUCCCGCAGACCUCCCCUCCGCCUCGGCCCGGCCCGUCUGCACAGAAAACCCUCUCGGGACUCGCUCCUUUCCACCACAGGAACCCGGCAAACGACCCCGACCAGCUUCGCCGCCCCGGCCGUCGCGGUUGCAGUCGCCGCCGCAGCUGUCGAGACUCCGACGGACUCCGGCCCCCGCGACUACGCCUCCCUCAUCCCGCCCGCACCCGGCGUCACCCCGCGCCCGGAGCCGAACCUCGCCGAGCUGGGGUUUUACCAGACGACGUACUACUCCUGCGUGACGCGGAAGGCCUCGGUCCACUGCGGCUGGCACCGGCCCAUCUUGGUUGCGCCGGCCAACAACGCCGCCGGAUCACCCUCGGCGAGCCGGAGGGUGGGCAUGUGGGUGCUCGUCGCCGGUCUAGUCGGCGCUCUCGUAGCGCGCUGA